AUGAACUCUACGCAGGUCUCAUAUCUGGCUCUUGUUGCUUACUUUGACACUGGAGCUUUUAGAUAUUUAUACUUUGUGAUUAUUAUGUGUUUAUACAUGUUGAUAGUUAUUUCCAAUGUGUUUCUCAUUGUGGUUAUCUGUAUGAACAGAAGCUUACAUGAACCUAUGUACCUUUUCCUGUGCAGCCUGUUUGUAAAUGAACUGUAUGGUAGUACAGGGUUGUUUCCAUUCCUUCUGCUUCAGAUCCUCUCUGACAUUCACACUGUUCCUAAAGCUUUUUGCUUCCUGCAGAUCUUCUGUGUUCAUUUCUAUGGCAGUGUAGAGUAUUUCACAUUAGGAGUCAUGUCUUAUGAUCGGUAUCUUGCUAUCUGUUGUCCUCUGCAGUAUCACACACGUAUGACACACGGCAGGGUUUUGGCUCUCACUGCCUUCGUGUGGUCUUACAGCAUUCUGGCUACACUGGCCAUGAUGUCUCUGAGUGUUCCUCUGCAGCUCUGUGGAAACACCAUCCACAAGGUUUACUGUGAUAACUACUCUAUAGUCAAACUGGCCUGCUCAGACACGACCAUCAAUAACAUCUACGGACUGGUUUACAUCUUCACUGUGAUAGUCUCUCUGGUGGCUCUGAUCCUUUCCUCCUACGUGAGGAUCCUCAGAGUUUGUUUCUCUGGUUGCAAACAGAGCCGACAGAAAGCCGUCAGCACCUGCACGCCUCACCUCGCCUCGCUGCUCAACUUCACGUUCGGAGCUUUCUUUGAAAUAGUUCAGGGUAGAUUUAAUAUGAGCAGAGUACCAAACAUGCUGCGUGUUGUUUUAUCAUUAUACUGGCUCACAUGUCAGCCGCUCUUUAACCCUGUGCUGUACGGACUGAACAUCACCAAGAUACGCAUCAUAUGCAGCAGUCUGGGGAAGAGAACGUAG